AUGAAUGAGGUUAUUUGGAAUGUCCAUGAGAAGAUUGAGAACUUCUUCUUUAUGUAUAGUGCAGCCAGAAAACAUAUAGAAAAGAUCAAGAAGAUUGAUCACAAGAAACAUUCUGAUAUUGGAAUGCACUGCUGCAACAAUUCUGACAAGCUCUUCAAUUUCUUCAUAAAAACAUUCAAAAUCUUUGCCAAUUUGGCUGUUCAGAUUAAAUUGUAUCAUGAUCUCUCUGAGAAGAAGAGUUUAGAGAAAGAGGCAUUUGAAUUCUGGAAGAAUAUUCUCCAAUUCUGGGAUUAUAUGAGCAAAGUGGAGCAGUAUGCCAAUGUGGAGAAAUCUGACUUUGCUGAAAAGAACAAGCAAGGGUGCAAGAAGUCAAAGACAGUGGAUUUGAAUGAGAAGGAGGCCCAAAUUGCAAAGAUCAAGUUCACUGGGACAAUCUCAUCAAAGAGAUUCUAA